GCUGGGAUUCCUUCUCUUCCGGGGAAGAGAGGAAAAGCUUUUUUGAAUUUGCGUCUGGGGGCUGAGGCUUUUCAGAGUCGCCGGUUCUCUUAUCGGUUAACCGUGAGUCUCUGGGUAAAAAUAAGGGCCUACCUCAGUUUUUCAGGCCAGGAAAGGUAAUCGACACCGGGCAGCACUCCUUUGCCCGCGAGCCAGACGACAUCUGCUGCGGGAUCCGAAGAGGAAGCCAAGCAUAGGGAAGUGUGACAGCGGCCGGCUCUGCAGGCCGGUAGGAACUGACCGUCCCAGCCCCAGAUCCCUAGGCCCAACGCUUUAACCCAGUUAGUAUCGGGACUGGUUUCAUGUCCUGGCCUUGGGACGUUGGCAUGGACCUUUGGGCAGGCUCCGGCACCUUUCGCCGACCUCUACACAUCUGUCAUCCACUUGUUCUGAUCUAAGUGUUGGGGAGCUCAAGCACACCCUUCUGGGUCCCGGCCCGGGAAAAGAAGAAACUUCUCUGGUUACCUGCUCUACCAUGCUAUCUUGUGAUAUUUGUGGUGAAACAGUAUCCUCAGAACCAGACAUGAAGGCUCACCUCCUAAUUGUUCACAUGGAAAAUGAAGUUAUAUGUCCAUUUUGCAAGUUGUCAGGUGUGAAUUAUGAUGAAAUGUGUUUUCAUAUUGAAACUGCUCAUUUUGAGCAAAGUGAACUAGAAAGAAACUUUGAGAGGAUUAAUACAGUACAGUAUGGAACUUCCGAUAACAGGAAGGACAGCACCCUACAGUGCAGAGCAGACAUUAAUUCAAGUGUUCAUUCAGCUUGUGCAUCUAAUCAGCCGAAGAUUUCAGCUCAAAGCCUGCCUAAGGAUGGUACUUUAAAACAUAAAGACUUUUAUUCAGAGAACUUAACUGAAUCUAGAAAAUUCCUGAAAAGUACGGAAAAACAGUCUGACCGCACCAAAAUUAAAGAAUCAAUUUAUGAAACAAUGUACAGUCCUCCUGAAUGUCCAUUCUGUGGAAAAAUAGAAGAUAAUAGUCAAGAUAUGGAAACUCAUGUGAAAACAAAGCAUGCUGAUCUUUUAGACACUCCGUUAGAAGACUGUAAUCAACUACUCUAUGACUGCCCUAUGUGUGGGCUCGUCUGUACAAACUACCAUAUUCUGCAGGAACAUGUUGACUUGCAUUUGGAAGAAAGCAGCUUUGGACAAGGUGUGAAUAGAGUCCAGUGUUCUAGAGAUCUAGAGUUGGCUCAACAGCUUCAACAAGAAGAAGACAGAAAGAGGAGAUCUGAAGAAUCAAGACAAGAAAUGGAAGAAUUUCAGAAGCUGCAGAGACAAUAUGGUUUAGAUAAUUCUGGAGGGUACAAACAACAGCAGCUACGAAAUAUGGAGAUAGAAGUAAAUAGGGGAAGAAUGCAUCCAUCUGAAUUUCAUAGAAGAAAAGCUGAUAUGAUGGAAUCAUUAGCUAUUGGUGUUGAUGAUGGAAAAACAAAAACAUCUGGAAUUAUGGAAGCACUUUAUAGGUAUUAUCAGAAUGCUGCCACAGAUGUGAGGCGUGUGUGGCUUUCUGCAGGAGUGGAUCACUUUCAUUCAUCUUUUGGUGAUAAAGGUUGGGGUUGUGGUUACAGAAAUUUCCAAAUGCUGCUUUCAUCAUUAUUGCAAAAUGAUGCUUAUGAUGAUAGCUUGAAAGGUAUGUCAGUUCCUUGCAUUCCAAAAAUUCAGUCUAUGAUUGAAGAUGCAUGGAAGGAAGGUUUUGAUCCACAGGGUGCCUCUCAGCUUAAUGACAAGUUACAGGGAACAAAGGCCUGGAUUGGAGCAUGUGAAAUAUAUACCCUUCUCACCUCCCUAAGGAUAAAGUGCCGUAUUGUUGACUUUCACAAGUCAACUGGUCCUUUGGGUACACACCCUCGCUUAUUUGAGUGGAUAUUGAGCUACUAUGCUUCAGAGAGAGAAGGAAGUCCAAAAGUAGUGUGUACAUCUAAACCUCCUAUCUAUCUUCAGCAUCAAGGUCAUAGUCGAACAGUUGUUGGAAUUGAAGAGAAAAAAAACCGAACAUUAUGUUUACUAGUAUUUGAUCCUGGAUGUCCUUCUCGAGAAAUGCAGAAACUCUUAAAGCAAGACAUGGAAGUUAGCAGUCUCAAGCAACUACGGAAGUUUGUGGGGAAUUUAAAACAUAAGCAGUACCAGAUAGUGGCAGUAGAAGGUGUGCUUUCUUCAGAGGAGAAAAUUGCUAGGAGACAAGCUUCUCAAGUCUUUACAGCUGAGAAGAUCCCUUGAAGAAGUCAGCAUUUCAGUGAUUGUGGAAUUUUUCUUUGUUUUCCAAAUUCCGGUAUUAACCUUAAUACAACACAUGAAUCUGUGAAUUUUCUAAAUACUCCAUUUAUAUUUUAAUUUCUAAAAUGUCUAAAUUAUACCUUUAGUGCUUCAUUGUUCAGUAAUUAUUCCAAUAAAAUAUCUUGUUUGCAUUGUGA